UGCUGCUGUGGUGGAGACUGGUUGGCCUCUCGGGAUAUGCCUCCUCUGGGCCUGGGCCAGAGGGAUGACGGUCCCAGCUGAACCGGACGACAGGGCAAACCAGGAGGGGCUCUGCAACAACUAGCCCCAUGAAGAACUGGCAAAGAGGUUAGGAAUCAAAAUGGUGCAGGCUGAAGCCUUUUCUCGUCCCUUGAGUCGAAACGAAGUUGUUGGUUUAAUUUUCCGAUUGACAAUAUUUGGAGCAGUCACAUACUUUACCAUCAAAUGGAUGGUAGAUGCAAUUGAUCCAACCAGAAAACAAAAAGUAGAAGCUCAGAAACAGGCUGAAAAGCUAAUGAAGCAAAUUGGUGUGAAAAACGUGAAGCUUUCAGAAUAUGAAAUGAGCAUCGCCGCACAUCUAGUCGAUCCUCUUAACAUGCAUGUGACUUGGAGUGAUAUAGCAGGCUUAGAUGAUGUCAUUACCGAUCUGAAGGACACAGUCAUUUUGCCCAUCAAGAAGAAGCAUCUCUUUGAAAAUUCCAGGCUCCUGCAGCCUCCAAAAGGCGUUCUUCUCUACGGUCCUCCAGGCUGUGGUAAAACACUGAUUGCCAAGGCUACUGCCAAGGAAGCAGGGUGUCGCUUUAUUAACCUUCAGCCUUCAACGCUGACUGAUAAAUGGUAUGGAGAAUCUCAGAAACUGGCAGCUGCCGUUUUCUCUCUUGCAAUAAAGCUCCAGCCCUCCAUCAUCUUCAUAGAUGAAAUAGACUCCUUCCUUCGAAACCGUUCCAGUUCUGACCAUGAAGCCACGGCCAUGAUGAAAGCUCAAUUCAUGAGUCUUUGGGAUGGGCUGGAUACUGAUUACAGCUGCCAGGUGAUUGUGAUGGGGGCCACUAAUCGUCCUCAGGAUCUUGACUCGGCCAUUAUGAGAAGAAUGCCUACGCGAUUUCAUAUCAACCAACCUGCUCUAAAACAGAGAGAGGCAAUCUUGAACUUGAUUUUGAAGAAUGAAAAUGUCGAUGGCGAUGUGAACCUGCUACAAGUUGCUAAAGAAACCGAUGGGUUUUCAGGAAGCGAUUUGAAAGAGAUGUGUCGGGAUGCGGCACUCCUGUGUGUGAGGGAAUAUGUCAAUUCCACAGCGGAAGAAAGCCACGAGGACGAUGAAAUCCGGCCAGUGCAACAGCAGGACCUGCACCGGGCAAUUGAGAAGAUGAAGAAAUCCAAGGAGGCGGCCUUUCAGAACGUUUUAACGCAUGUUUGUGUAGACUAAGAGUAAAGGGCAUCUCUUGGAACCGUCUCUAAAAGGGCCCUCUUAAAGAGUGAGAGGAGGGGAGUGUCUCUGAAGAAAAGGGGAGAGUCUCGUGUCAUUUCUGACUUUGGGUUCGUACUGGGAAUUCUAAGUUAUUGUCAGCACAGUCAUCCCGUGAACACUUUGGCCUGUGUGGUAUGUCGGGGGGCGGGGUGGGAGGGAGGAACCGUUUCGGCUCUGAUUGCUUGUAUUUUGCCUGUGGCUGCUUGUAUUUUGCCCCCUUCUACCUUUCAGUGUGUCCGGAGGUUUGGAAGCCGUGCGUUACUUCGUGAGUCAUCUGUGGCAGGGGGAUGGGAGCUAUUGCUAGUUCCUGUAUAUAUGUGCGUAUGAGUAUGUGGGGGAGAUGUAUACAUUAAAUGUAUAGCUCUACCCGUUUUAUAUUGAUAUAAUCUGUAGAUACAUGGGAAUACAGAUUUUUUUUUUUUUACCCAACUACUGAAUUAAAUUGCACCAUGCAGUUAAAGAGAAACAAAUGAAAUGAUCUCAUUGUGUUACAUGACUUGUUUCACCUCUUUCUCACAUGGUAUUAGUAGAAUCUUCUUAAAUUUUAGGUGAACUUAAAUGAAGGGGGAUAUAGGUGACUGUUUCGUGUGAAUGUGUUCGAGAUCUUCCGGUGCCAUUCAGUUAACGCGCGGCCAUCUUGGGACAUUUUUUUUUUGUACGAAAAUCUGUUCAAUGAUUGUUGAAAGUAUGCUUUUUGAGUUCUAUUUUCUUUAAUAAUGGGUAAAUACAAUUUAGCGAACAAAAAUAACGGCUUUAUUUAACAGUUUAAAAUAAGUAAAUACGAUAUAAAACUCCAAAGGUGUUAAAUAUCGUGCUGAAAUCUUUUGUAACUUUAGUUUUUUAAAAUUUUCCCAUAGCAAUGUUCCAAGUCGCGCGCUAGACAAGGGCACUUGUGCUUAUCAAAAUUCCCCAAUAUUGGAGGAGUCGAGGGUGUUUUUUAAAGAGAAUUAUCUAUGUAUCGCGAAUGUAUUUGGGAUGAGGGGCAGGGAGGUGUGCACGGAACAAACGCGGGACACUGAAAAGCCAAUUGCAAAGGGUGGGGAAGGAAGAAUGAACAGACCAUCCAGUGAGCCAAGCAAGACUCCAAGGAAUCUCACCCAAAGUUCUCUGAGCCUGUUUUACACCACUGUUGUUUUGUAAGCACAUAAUAAAGGACUCCCCCUCUGCCUGGAGAACUUCUCCAAUGAA